CCGUUUGAGCGCUUCUCCGGUCGUCCAUGAGCUCUUGAUGUUUACAGUGAGAAUUGUAUGGCAGGAAUAUUCUAACAUCAAAUAUUUAAACAUAAUUUGCAUCCAAACAAAAGUUCCAAUGGGGACAGAGAUCCUGUGACACAGUUAUUUGGAUGGAGUCCUCAAGGGGCACAGGCGGUCACUCCCGCGAGUACAAAUUGGUGAUGUUAGGAGAGGGUGGUGUGGGCAAAAGCGCCAUCAUCAUGCAAUUUAUAAGUCACAGAUUCCCAGAAGAUCACGACCCUACUAUCGAGGAUGCCUAUAAAACACAGAUCCGUAUAGACGAUGAGCCAGCAAACCUGGACAUCCUGGACACAGCAGGUCAGGCAGAGUUCACAGCGAUGCGUGAUCAGUACAUGCGGGCAGGAGAAGGUUUCAUCAUCUCAUACUCCAUCACAGACCGCCGCAGUUUCCAGGAGGCACGGCACUUUAAGCAGCUGAUAUACCGUGUGCGACGCACUGUGGACACGCCUGUCGUACUGGUGGGAAACAAGUCUGACCUGGUCCAACUCAGACAGGUGUCUGUGGAGGAUGGCAAACAGCUGGCGAGAGAGUUCCAGUGCCCUUUUUUUGAGACCUCCGCAGCGUUCCGUUACUAUAUUGAUGAGGUGUUUGCCGCACUGGUGCGUCAGAUCCGUCAGCGCGAGGCUGAGAUGGUGCGUGGGAGCGAGAGAAAAACUCGACGGAGCCAUUCUUUCUGGAGUCGCCUUAAAGCUCCUUUCCAAAGGAAACAGCAGUCCGAGCACUGAGAGAGCCACAGAGAAAAGCAUGAUGGGGCAGCAUGGCUCACUUGCCUGCUGCUGUAUUAGUUCCACCAACCUCGGGUGGCUUGAGGACUCUUUUCAUAUAUUAUAUUAUAUUAUAUUAUAUUUGAUUGGUUGCAUUUCUAAUCAUUUCAGAUGGAAAAUAGACUACAACAACCCUCAACUGUUGUGAUAUGGGAUGUGGGCUGAUUUACUGAAUUUAGUGCUUAGAAAAGAAAUAUAAAGCUUGACAGUAGCAACUUUUUUUUUUAUUUUUGGACAGCAUUAUAUUUUGUGAAGGUGAUAGUCAGGGGAAUUAUUGUCACCUCACAUAUUAACUGGUGUAAAGGUGGGUAACAGGGCAUAGAAGGAUUAAUACAUGAGUAAAUCUAAAGUGAAAAGAGAGGUACGGUCAUGUCAGAUUCUGGAUCAAAGAUUUGCUGAGAGGAAAUGAUGGAGUAUAUGGAGGUGGAAUGAGCUUUAACAGAGAGCUAAAAGCAUGUCGGCAGAGUAAAGGGAAAGAGCAUAGUAUGUGCAAAGAUGAAUUGUGGUAACAGGCUAAAGGUUCAUGGUAGAUAAAUUAACUCUAUCUGCCAGUAUAAUGAGUACUGUAAACCAUUCCUUUAACCUGACUGUAGUUUUUAUUUUUAUUUUGUCUACAUCUAGUCACAUUUAAAAUAACAUUGCUGUAGUUGAGGAUGAAAAUCAAACACAACUUGUAUUUGAUUUGAACUCAAUAGCUUCUUAGUGAAUAGUGAAUCUGAAGUAAUAUGUCCAGUCAUAAUUCACACCAAAAUCAAAAGAAUACAAUAUAUGUGAAUUUACACUAAAUAGAAUUAUAUUUCUUUGCAUUAGGGUAAUAAAAACGGGGUGAAAUAUGACCUGGAAAUAUUCUUGACAGAGUUUCUUUAGAAAUUCUAUGAAGUGGUUGCAAAAUACACUGUAUGAUUGAUUUGUGAAAGUGUUUAAGCACACAAACAGAUUGAAUGACUUGAUUACGCUUGAAAAAAGAAUAGUUUCCUUUAUUUUUUACACAGGGUAUUUAGUUUUUUGUAGUCAUUCUGUAGGAACAGAUCUCUUCAAUGUGGUUGAUGAAGGUGUGUCCAAAUGUAGAUAUUCUCUUAAACAUGUUGUGCACUUACUACACAUCACACGUGAAUUGUAUUUCAUGCAAAUUCAUGUUACUUUUUUCUUGUGAUUAUUCGAUUUUUUUAUUUUUUUUUGCUUUUAACCAGAAUGGUUUUACUAUAUUUUCCCUUUAUUUAUUGCCAUCAAAUAUUCUCUAAUAAAUUUCACUUUACCAAUAUA